CUCUUGCUGGCGUUUGGUCGGCUGUCGGAGGUCGCGGCUUGCAUGGGGGCGCAAGAUCUUGAUCGCAUGGGCUCGCCGGGGUCGGGGGUCUUUGCCCUCGCCGAGCUCUCCCGCUUCUUGCUUCCAACCGCGACCCCGUGUGACACUUCGCCUUUCAUCUCCCCACCAAAACCGGAAAAUGCAGGCCCUGUCGUCUCGCGUGAACAUCGCGGCCAAGCCCCAGCGCGCUCAGCGCCUGGUGGUCCGCGCCGAGGAGGUUAAGGCUGCCCCCAAGAAGGAGGUCGGCCCCAAGCGCGGCUCGCUGGUGAAGAUCCUGCGCCCCGAGUCCUACUGGUUCAACCAGGUCGGCAAGGUCGUCUCCGUCGACCAGAGCGGCGUCCGCUACCCCGUCGUUGUCCGUUUCGAGAACCAGAACUACGCUGGUGUCACGACGAACAACUACGCUCUGGAUGAGGUUGUUGCCGCCAAGUAAAUGGCUGGCUUCGCGCAGCAUCACGGAAUGCCGAGAGGAGCGGCAAGUGUCGUUACGGGACCUAGAGAAGAGAAGAUUAGCGGGCUGGCCUUAGGGCAAGUCGCGAUUUUGUGAGCUAGUUUUGGGCGCGCUUGCGCGACCCCAGCCAAGCAUAGACUUGGCGAUCGGACACAUACAGGUGUCGGACACUGACCAUGAGCUAAGGAGCGGUGACGAGGGAGCAGGCGGGUGUAAUACUAAAUGCUG